GACAUAUAUAAACACACACACACACCUGCCCCAUCUGUCUUGGUCUCCUGUAAUAGAUAAGGAGUCAGCCCCUCGCCCAACUCCCCUCUGCCGGGACCAGCUCCGUUCCCCCCGUUCCCGUUCCUGUCCCUGCCUCGGGCUCUCCCACUCUUUCCCUUGUCUGUGCCGCCGUCGCCGCCAGUGGUGCCUCUUGCGUUGCUCCCUGUUAUUCUGGGUAUUGUGUGUAAUAAAUGCAGAGCCGCCUCACUCUAAUCAAGCUGAUUACAAAUUCUUGCGCGCCCUGUGCCGGAAAUCGCAGUCUCCCCCUCCCCCAAACACACGUUCCCCCACCCCCACCCCCCCGUUUCUAUUUCUCUCACUCAUUCACUAGUUACUUCUCUUUCUGGUUUCUUCUUCCGCCACCCCCACCUCUGUCCCCUCCCCCAGACCCAACCUUACCCCUCAUCUCUGUCCUCCAUCCCGGUUUUUAAAUUUUAAUUCCUUUUCUGCCUUUCACUCUCCCCCUUUUCCAACUAUCCCUCUCCUCACCCCCUUCCUCUUCCUCCUCCUCCUUCUCUUCCUCCUCCUCCUCUUCCUCCUCCUUCUCUGCCACUUUUUUCUCCCUCUCUCCCUUUCUCUGUCUCUCUGUCUGUCUUUCUGUCUCUCCCAGGACGCGCCGGAUGAUCUGGGGCCGCAGGGGAAGGGCUCCGGGCAGCUGCAGGGAGGCUGCGUCCUCCAGUCUGGGGCGGUAAAAAGCCGGUGGCCUCGGUGUUAUUUUGUAUUAAAAUGAGGAGGAGGAAGAAGAAGCAACAGCAACAGCUCGGGCGGCAGCAGCAGCAGCAGCAGCCACGACAGCUCCGGCGGCGGCAGCAGCGGCAGCAGCAACAGCAGCAGCAGCAAGCACUGGCUGAGAGCAGAGCCCAGGAGCUGGGGACGGCGCGGCGGCGGCGGCGGCGGCGGCAGCAGCAGGAGGAGGAGGAGGAGUGAUGAGUCAACUAAUAAUUUAAUGGGGACAGAGACGAGAGAGGGAGGGGGGAGAGAGAGAGAGACGGCUCAGUCUGGGCACACACACACACAUACACACACACCCAUAAACACACAAACACACACAUCUAUCUCUCUAAUAUCCAGCAACAACUACCAAAACGGCCUAAUCACAAUAAUCAUAUCCAGCCAGGGAAACAAGAAUCAAGCCUGUAGGACUUAAAGGGAUACCCCCCCCCCCCACCUCCCUUCAUUUUGAGAAACUCUUGAGCAGUUUUGUUAGUUUUAGUUUUUGUUUUUAAAUAUCGUCUUUGUGGCUAUUGUUGCUUCCUUCGGACACAGAAGAGUGAAAUUUGGUCCACUUUUUGGGGGGGUAGGAAAGGGUAGAGAAGGAGUUGUUCGUUGUGGAGGUAGAAGGUGGCGGCGUGUGCCUUCUCUCUCUCUCUCUCUCUCUCUCUCUCUCUCUCUCUCUCUCUCUCUCUCUCUCUCUCUCUCUCUCUCUCUCUCUCUCUCUCUCUCUCUCUCUCUCUCUCCCUCCUCCCCUCUCUGCUCUCCCCCCCCCCCCCCGUCACCUCGCCCCCCCCUUCCCUUUUACUCUCAGGCACACACAACAGCCCCGGGUAAAUAGGAAAGGACUGAUCCUCUCUCUGCUAUUUUUAAGAAGAGCGAAGGCUAAAUUAAAAGUGGUAUUUUAGUGCCUUUCCCCGUAUUUUUUUCGCUUCACUUUACCCUCCGCCCUCCCUUCACCCGGUAGAGCUCUUGGCUUUGGUUUGGAGAUUCAGGGAGAAAGUUUAGGGUUGUUAAUGUUACUGUCAAUUGUUUUUUGGGGGGGCGGGAUUGAGGGUGGGAGAAAGGUUGCCUUUCCUCCCCCCUUCUUUCCUCCCAGUGGUUCUCCUGGGUUAUUGGAGAAUAAUACUCCAAGUGACAGCCAGAAGUAGACUUUCUGCUUUUUUCAGUCCGGAGAGCCUAUGAGAUAGAGAGAUUGAGAGAACCUUCCCCCCCCCCUCCUCCCGCCCCCCCAUUAGAUCUCGUCCGCAGUGAAUUUUUCGAUUUUAAAGAAAAGAUAAGCAGCGACCAGCACCCCCCCAACACAAACCCCACACCCCCAAACACCAUCUCAUUGUGGAGCUUAUACCGCUUUUUGCUUUGUUUUUUGUGAUUUUUUUCCAACGUUUCACUUGUCAGAUCAAUUUUAUCUUCUCUCUACUCACUUCCCAGUCUCCCUCCUCCCCCAUCGAAAACCCUGUUCUCCAAGAGACAUUUGAAAAAAACCAACAGUUUUUGAAUUCUGAUUUUUGCGCUCAUGGCUUCUCCUCAUCUUGACGUCUAUUUCUGCCCUUCCCCCGCAUAGGGGGGUUUGGGGGGUGGGGGAGACAAAAUAAUACAAUUUAAGGGGGAAGUCGCCUUCAGGUCUGCUGCCUUUUUUUUUUUUUUAAAUAAAAAAAAGGAUAUAGAAAAACAUCAGUCUUGAACUCCUUCCUCUCCAAGAUCUCGGGCUGCAAAGGAAAUCUCCUUUGUUUUUGUUAUUGAUGUGCUGUCAAGUUUUGAAGUGGUGAGUUUCAGGUGAUUUUUAGAGGCGGGACUGAGUAUGGAUCAUUUGAACGAGACAACUCAGGGGAAAGAACAUUCAGAAAUGUCUAACAAUGUAAGCGAUCCGAAGGGUCCACCAGCCAAAAUUGCCCGCUUGGAGCAGAAUGGGAGCCCAUUAGGAAGAGGAAGACUUGGAAGUACAGGAGCUAAAAUGCAAGGAGUGCCUUUAAAACACUCUGGACAUCUGAUGAAAACUAACAUUAGAAAAGGAACAAUGCUACCUGUUUUCUGUGUGGUGGAGCAUUAUGAAAAUUCCAUUGAAUAUGAUUGUAAGGAGGAGCAUGCAGAGUUUGUGUUGGUGAGAAAGGACAUGCUUUUCAAUCAACUGAUAGAAAUGGCAUUGCUGUCUCUUGGAUAUUCUCACAGCUCUGCUGCCCAAGCCAAAGGGCUAAUCCAAGUUGGAAAGUGGAAUCCAGUUCCACUGUCCUAUGUGACAGAUGCCCCCGAUGCUACUGUUGCAGACAUGCUGCAAGAUGUGUAUCAUGUAGUCACAUUGAAAAUCCAGUUACACAGUUGCCCUAAACUAGAAGACUUGCCUCCUGAACAAUGGUCUCACACAACCGUAAGAAAUGCUCUGAAGGACUUACUGAAGGAUAUGAACCAGAGUUCAUUGGCCAAGGAGUGUCCCCUUUCCCAGAGUAUGAUUUCAUCCAUUGUGAACAGCACUUACUAUGCAAAUGUAUCAGCAGCAAAAUGUCAAGAAUUUGGAAGGUGGUAUAAACAUUUCAAGAAGACAAAAGAUAUGCUGGUUGAAAUGGAUAGCCUUUCUGAACUAUCCCAGCAAGGUGCCAACCAUGUCAACUUUGGCCAGCAGCCAGUCCCAGGGAACACAGCUGAACAGCCUCCAUCCCCUGUGCAGCUUUCUCACGGCAGCCAGCCAUCGGUCCGGACCCCUCUUCCAAAUCUGCACCCUGGACUUGUAUCUACUCCUAUUAGUCCUCAGUUGGUAAAUCAACAGCUGGUGAUGGCUCAGUUGCUAAACCAGCAGUAUGCAGUGAACAGACUCUUAGCCCAGCAGUCCUUAAACCAACAGUACUUGAACCACCCUCCCCCUGUCAGUAGAUCUAUGAACAAGCCGUUGGAGCAACAGGUUUCAACCAACACAGAGGUGUCUUCCGAAAUCUACCAGUGGGUGCGAGAUGAACUAAAAAGAGCGGGAAUCUCCCAGGCAGUAUUUGCACGUGUGGCUUUUAACAGAACUCAGGGCUUGCUCUCAGAAAUCCUCCGAAAGGAAGAGGACCCCAAGACUGCUUCGCAGUCUUUGCUGGUAAACCUCCGGGCUAUGCAGAACUUCUUGCAGUUGCCGGAAGCUGAAAGGGAUCGAAUUUACCAGGAUGAAAGGGAAAGGAGUUUGAAUGCAGCCUCCGCUAUGGGUCCAGCACCUCUGAUAAGCACACCCCCCAGCCGGCCUCCCCAGGUAAAAACAGCGACAAUUGCAACAGAGCGGAAUGGGAAGCCAGAGAACAAUGCCAUGAACAUUAAUGCUUCCAUUUACGAUGAGAUUCAGCAGGAAAUGAAGCGAGCGAAGGUGUCCCAAGCACUCUUUGCAAAGGUUGCAGCAACCAAAAGCCAGGGAUGGCUGUGUGAACUGUUACGCUGGAAAGAAGACCCAUCUCCAGAAAACAGGACGCUGUGGGAGAAUCUGUCCAUGAUCAGAAGGUUCCUCAGUCUUCCUCAGCCUGAACGAGAUGCCAUUUAUGAGCAAGAAAGCAAUGCUGUUCAUCACCAUGGUGACAGACCUUCCCACAUUAUCCAUGUUCCAGCAGAACAGAUUCAGAGCCCCUCUCCCACCACCCUUGUGAAAGGAGAGCCUAGAGGUACUUUCUCACCAAGCCUGCUGACCCCUGGACCAUGGCUGGGUGCUGCUCCACAGCAGCAGCAACAACAGCAACAGCAACAGCAGCAGCAGCAACAGCAGCAGCAGCAGCAGCCCCAACCCCAGCAGCAACAGCCUGGGCCCAGACUUCCCCCUAGGCAGCCUACUGUCGCUUCACCAGCUGAGUCAGAAGAUGAAAAUCGACAGAAGACUCGACCUCGAACAAAAAUUUCUGUUGAAGCUCUGGGGAUUCUUCAGAGCUUUAUACAAGAUGUGGGCCUGUAUCCGGAUGAAGAAGCAAUCCAGACUCUCUCUGCCCAGCUUGACCUUCCCAAGUAUACUAUUAUUAAGUUCUUUCAGAACCAGCGAUAUUAUCUCAAGCAUCAUGGGAAACUGAAGGACAAUUCGGGUUUAGAGGUGGAUGUUUCAGAGUAUAAGGAAGAAGAAUUGCUGAAGGAUUUGGAAGAAAGUGUCCAAGAUAAAAAUGCAAACUCCCUUUUUUCAGUGAAAUUAGAAGAAGAAUUAUCGGUGGAAGGGAACACGGACAUUAAUGCUGAUCUGAAAGACUAAGAUAAAAGUAUUAUUUUCAUUCAACAGUGCCACUGGUAUUAACUAAUUAAAUGAAAAUUCCAUCUUGCAUUCUCUCAGAAACCUUUGUUGUUCAUUGUUUGGCCAAUAAGUCUUCAGAAACUUGUGCACACACACAACACACACAUACAUAAACACACAUGCACACACACACACAAACAUACAGACACAUGAAAUGAAAAAAAAAAGGAUAAUUCAGACCGCUAAAUGUUUUACUCUGUUUUACAAACUGCUCUACAGCUACAGAUGAAGCAUUGAGGAUUGUUUGAUAUUAAUUUGUGUUCACUGGCUACACCCUGUUGUAUCCAAUAAGCAUGAUACCAGUGAUUUUUGAUUCUGGAGCUUUCAAAGAAGCAUUACAACUUCGGUGAUUAUUGUUUCAUUUUAUUAUUAUUAUUAUUAAUUAUUAUUAUUAUUAUUACUGUAACACUCCACACUUGAUCUUUGGAAACUCACACUUAUUUUAAAGAAAAAAGAGAGAUUGUUGCUCUUGCUCUAUUGUAUGUUACAAAAGAACUAUAUACUGUGGAAUGCAGUUUUAAAAUAACACACGCCAACAAAUGCCUUGUAUUAUAUGGCACUGCCGUAAUUCAGAUUUGUUUUCUUUUUUGGAAAUAAAAGGUCACUGUAAUAUUUUUUUUCAUUUUCAUUGUUACAUGAUUUUUAAAAAUGGAAAGAAAAUGUGAAACACAAUUUAGUCCUCAUUAUUUAUUUGUAGAUCCUGCAGCAUCAUGUUGUAAUUAAUUUUUUUUGGAAGUUUCCGUUAAAUGUAAUAUUGCUUCUCUUGUUAUCAUACUGAUUCUUUUCUAUUUAUAAAUGUAUUUUGAUGGGCAGUAAAACAAAGUGUCUUAAAAGUUUUAAAUAGAGAAAAUGUGCUUUACACAGUUGCCUAUAAAAAGUGCUCGAUGUUAUCCAAGCAAUUCAUACUAUAAGCUUCACUCUUAUUGUUGUAUGCAAUUUUUACUAUCAUGCAAAUAAGCUUAGGUAAAUAAAACUAAUAGAUCACCUUAGAAACUUAUGCAAUUAAUGUGAAAAUAAUUGAUGUUUGCAAUGUGUCUUCCUUUGGUUUACAAUCAAUUUUAAAGCUACAUCUGUAUAAAUUUUCUGUACAAAGGUGUAUUUCUUUUUUAUGAGUUUAUUGCUAUGAAAACACCAGUUCUUUUGUUACAGCUGGCUGUUUUUAUAAGUGUAUCACAAUUUUCUUUAUGCAGAACUGUUCUGACUAGGAGUGGUUAUUGACUGUAACUACACAAUUAAAAUUGUUUGUAUGGUAUGCUAUGGUAGGGUUUGUCUGCGUAUGUGUGCUCUCUGCAGAGGAGCUGGAAGGAUUGCCCUCUCUCUUUAGGUGGCUAGUAGUGAUCUCUCAACAGUACCUUGUUGAAUUUCGAGAGAACAGCUGAAAAGUUCUCUCGCGAGAUUUGUAUUAGCCUUUGUAGAAUGUACAUGUUGAUGGCGUGCGUGCGUGUAGAAAAUACACACACGCACACAUGCACACACAGACACACAGACAUUGGAGCUCCACAGUGAAAAUCGUAACCUGCCUUGUCUUGGUUAGCAUUUUGCCUGCCAACCGGAGAUAGCAGGAUAUUCUUGAGUCAGAAAGCUAUCAGGCACAAACAUAUUUACAGUCGCUGGCAGCGAUGCUCUUACAAUGGGUCAAGCUGCUUUUAUUUUGUGCUCCGUGAAUUAUGCUCGCACGGUUCCUGAUACUAAUGUAUAAACACUUUAAAAGGCCAUUAAGAGUCACAUAAAAUAAAUAGAAAAAAAUGGCCUUUGAAAAAAAUUUCAUAGUAAGCAAGAUUUUGAAGAAUAGUUAUUAGCUAUUAGUAAUUCCAAUAACUCAAAAGUUUUUAGUUCAUUGGCCUGCCUUUGUUCUUCCAUGUAUAGGAACUACUGCCGUAGGAAUAUGAGAACACAAAAUCUGAAGCCUAAAGGCUGUGUUAUGUUAUGACUUUGUUUCUCCUAACAUUGGUUUUAUAUUCAGUUAACUAAUUCUAGGAAGACUAAAGCUUAGCAAACGACAUAGUAGCAAAAUCAAACAUGUUAAUUGUCCAAGAAAGAAGUGGGGACAUAGACAAUAUUUCACUCCUUUUCUGAUUUUUUAAAUGCUUUUCUCUAACUUCUGUUCCUAAUGUUUCCCCAGAGAUUUUCUGAACAUAGCUAAUGGGGGCCAGGAGGUUUUAGGAGAAGGGUUUGACAAUUGCCCAUUUCCUUUCAGUCCACCAUUUGUCCUACCCCAGAUGAUAUCAAUUGUGGGCAGCUGGGAUACUUUAAUUUUGAACUUUUACUUAGGAAACUGAAUUGGAAGCAUUGAAAACUCCCAAUUCAACUUUAAAAUACUAUUUAAUAUUGAAGCACAGAAGAGGUGCCCUGGAGGCUGCUGCUUUCCUAUAAACUUAAAACCACUCAAAAAGUUCCCUUGAUUUAGUAAGAGUUCAACUUUUAAUGCAUCUCAGCUCACCAUGAACUGAGAAGAGAAUCAUUUGAUGAUUGAUUAGAAUUAGGAGGAUAAAAACAUUUGCUAUAUAACUUAUAUUCCUCAUGUAUUUACUUAGGAAGAAUAUGAUAUAAUUCCUAUAUAUGCAUAUAUAUAUGUACAUGCAGAGAGAGAGUGUUUUUUUCCCUAAACUUCCUUUUCUAUCAUUUCCUCUGGAAAGGGGCUGGUGGUAAAGAGGGAAACAAGUACUUUGGUGGUUGUGUUGUUUUUCUUUCUCUUUUUAAAAUGUCAAGACACACACCAAAACACUUUUGUUUUGACCUGAAGCCCAGACUUCCAGGUAAGGUUUUUCUUUGUCUUUCCAAAAGGUUCCCCACUUUCUUUUGGAUUAAGAAAUAGAGUAGAUUGGUUGACUUGUAUUGUAAAUACUCACCACCAGUAACUGAUGACAUUCCCUAAGAAUCAUCAUUUAAUUCCUUCAGAUCAAAGUGUUUAUAUUAAAUAAUUUGCCAAGAAGAAAUGAUGCUAGUAAUCAGAGUAGCCGUGGUGAGACAAUGGGUGUAAGAGGCUGCUUUAGGGAAAGAUCACUCUUUAACAGUGCAUUGAUCUGUCUAGUCCUCUCUCGGUUUCUUGGAUGGAUCCUGACUGGCCUCAUAAAGGCAGCAUGCUAGAGCAGAGCAUUAUCUGGAGUCCAAGGACCUGGGUUUGAAGCCCAACCCUACUACUUACUACUAAAUGACUAGGUAAGUCUUUCAUAUGAGUAGACCUCAAUUUCCUCAUUUGUAAAAUGAGAGCUUUAGACUAGCUGGCAUAGGAGGUCCCCUUCCAGCUCUAAAUCCUACGACUUCUUCAUGUGCCAAGAGGCUCAUGUGCUAAAACGCCAUUUGACAAGCUUCGUUAUGUGAAAAGUAUCUCUGAGACCUUUUAAAGGUACACAUGACAUAGCAUGCUAUCCUCAAGUAUGUUAGCAGAGUCAGGUAGUUCCCAGACAAUAUUCAGUCCUAUGAAUCUGAAUCUGUCAUGGACUCCUUCACUCAGCAUUCUUCCACUAUUAUGUAGGACAUUCUGUGGCCAUGUAUACCUGUAUACUAUGCAAAAAUAAAAUACUGUUGACAAUGUCUUCCCUGGCCCAUAGUAUGCAGAGUUGAUACACACCUUCCUAGAAGACAAGGCAACUCUUGCGGGUGUCCUAAUUACAUGAUACUUCAUUUCAAAAUAUAUGCAUAUUGUGCAUCUUUAGAAAAUGACUUUUUCAAAUAGAUAUGACUCUGCUUAGCCAAGUAUGUAGGUUAAAACUAAAACAUUUUCAAGUUGAGUCAUAGGAACUGGUAGGUAUCCAACCACCAUCCAAUUAUACCCAUUUCUUCUUGCUGACAUCCAUUUAAUACCAAGGUCUUGAUGUAUUGUACAAUCCUAUUCUUACUAAGUGGAGUGUACUAAACUGCCUCCUGAUAAAGAGAAAGCAAUUCCUAUCAAUGUGCAUCAGUAGAUGAUAGAAAUGAAGUCCCAUGUAUAUGCACAUAAGUCCUCAAUAAAGACAUGUUGCCUGAACAUUUCCUGGAAGCAUUUAAACAAAACCAACUUUUUACAUGUUAGGAUACUGUCACCACCUAUCUCUAGAUUAGCGAACUGUUAGAGACAUUAAAACUGCAAUAGUCUGCUCUAAUCUCUUUCCUUAAACCUUCUUAUCUUGGUUAACAACUAUAGAAGCUGAGUUGGAAGGGACCUUCCAUCCAACUCCAUGAUGCCCCUCCUACGGGGUUAUUGUUGAAAAUCAACAUCUGCCUAGGCAGACCAUUCCACUUGUAGAUAGCUCUGAUAUUUAGGAAGUUUUCCCUCGUGUCAAGCCUAUGGAAUAAGACAAAUGAACAUUUUGCCAACCUAAGGAUGCACAUGAUGGUCUUAGUAUCUCUUCUGAAGCAAUUAAGUCUAUAUCAUUUCAAUGCAAAAGCUAAGUACUUGCAUGAUUUUCCACAGUAGCUAAAGGAGAAGGCAUUAACAUGCAUAUUACUAAUGAAAAUAUAUACAAUAUGCUCAUUAAUGGAGUGUGGUCAACGGUAUAUAUCAACAUACUGUACCUGUAUUAUAAUUAAUUCCACAUGUUGAAUAAAAACAGUGCAGAAUUGCCUUUUUAA